GCGGAGGUCAAACCAAAAUCACGAGAUCGAUGUAUGACCAUGGUCUUUCAUUAUUUAGCCAUGGUUUCAAAACAAUAAAAACUUAUGAAAGCCURGAUAUGACUUAAAGAAUUUAGGUACGAUGUGGGUAGUGUGAUAUGGCGUUUACGUUGAGAAGUGUUGGAGGUUCAAAGUUUGGAGGAGGAGGAGUACAUGGAGAAAGGCAAGAAAAGGAACGCAAAGUUUGCGGUGUUUGGGGAAAUGAAGGAAAGAUCUACAUAUGCACAAAUGAAAGKAAGCGGCUCUUGGUAACAGAUACCGUCCCUCGAUCAAGAUGGGCUGAAAGAUAUGACAUUAUACUAGACAGCACAACAGAACACAUCAUUGCAGUAUUUCAAAACCCAAGAUGUCCAUWCAAGAUCUAUGUGGUUUACAAUAACAGUAUAACAGAUUGCAUGGAGUACAUCCCUUCAACAAACCAGUGGAUAAAGAAGCACUCCUUUCAGUUAAGCAAUGCAAAAGGAGCAAGAAUCCUUUCCAUCUCAUUUCAUCAGCACACAAGUAUGUUUUUUUGGUGUGAGAAGCGRGGCACUAGUUUGGGGCUUACUUCAUGUUGUGUUUGCCUGAGAGAAGUUCCAGAGGACUGGGAUGAAGACUUCAUGGUUAAUAUUGGGCCCGUUGUUGCAAUGCUUCAGUGUUGUCCAAUGAUGUCAUURUUUAUCAUCAAGAAAGGUGUGUGCAUGGUUCCUCAAUUGCCUAAUGAAGAUAAGCAGCUCUUGUUUUUCUGGACAUUUAUUCCUAGAUCUUUAAAGGUUUAUAUCUGGAAUGACAUGACUGUUAAUAGCCUUGACAAAACGGAUUUCAGGUCAAUAAUAAUGCAUCUACUCCCUGUAUGGAACUCGUGCUCAACUGUUAAAAGUGACUACAUCAUCUCUUUGACUACCCACCCAACUACCCUAGAACUUCUUUUGUUAGAUAAUGCAUUUACCCUGUCAUAUGCAUGCAUCCAAGAUGGAGAACUUUGCAUUCAGCAACUUAGUAAGCUCAACCUCCAGUGUGAUAUCAAAACUGUGAGAAGUAUAUUUGCUUUUGGCUUAUUUACUGGCGUAGUAUUUGAGUCAGGAAUUAUGAAUAUCUUUGAUUUAAGAAGUGGGAUUGAAUURUGUAGAAUGGAAGAACUUACUGGUCGGAGUCUCUUAGUAUGGGCAUAUGCUGGUUCUGUGCCUGGUGUUGGGGUGUGGGAAGAUGAAGGUAUUUGGGAGCUAAAGUCAACAUCAAUCUCUGAUGUGGCCAAAGUGAUKCAAAGUUCAGUUCACAUAAAUAAUCAAAACCUCCAAGAUGGGAACAAUAGUAGAUGUUCUAAUGCUAUUAAUGAGGAGGAAAAGMUAUCAAGGAGUAUCAUCACAUGUGAUAAAUGUUUUCCAGAAUAUGUAUAUCGUGAAAAUAUUGACUCUACUUGUAUAUGUCACAAGAACAUAUCAGGUCCAAUAGCAGCUACUCAGUUCUUGAAGACAUGGAACAUGCACCCUUCUGCUGCUAAAGUUGCUUUGRGUACAGCUGUUAUCAAAAUGACUGGUAGUGACACUGAAAACUUUCAAAAAGUGGAGAAGGAACACUUGGAAAUACUUCUUGGCAAGGCCUUACAAAGUCCUGUAGCAUCUUUAACACUUUUCUAUCAGCAUCCUCAUUACAAGCAACAAGYGCUAUUGUGUUUGAAGUCCUUUUUGRAAAAUUGGGAUAAAAARASAGAAGCAGAUGACAGWUUGUCCCAAACAGCAUUAAACGAUUUAUUGUAUCAUCACAUCAAAAAGUUUGUUGBGUUGACUGACAAGUCUGACGACCUGCUUAUGACACAAAGAACUUUACAUAAUUUAAAAAGUGAUUUAGUGUCAACCAGAGAUGAAAUUGAGCAAUUAUUCAAUAGAUUGAAUCUGGCAAAUCCAGACAGUCGUUUGCUAUCGAGGCUUACCUAUCUUCAAAGUCAAAAUGCAAAUGARGUUUGUAAAUCAGUGGCUCAAACAAUGGGUUUUAAAUAUGAAGAAAGCACWGCACCCCAAGAGGUGAAGAUUAGUAGUCAAAGAUKGAGGAAGAUCUUCAGAAUAGAAUGGAAGGAUGGUCACUGGCACAGAAACCGUGYGUCUUUGGASUGUAGUAGCAACCACUCCCUUGCUCUUUUAUGCAAUCUUCUUUACAACGAAGAACCAGAUUGGCUUUUAAAAGUUUAUGAGGGUGGAAUUGGGCUGGUUCAUGCCAAUGACACYGAUGAAAAGGCCAAGGAUCACGUGAGCCAAUCUAUGCUCGACUGCUUACCUUCACUUAUUGUAGACUCCAAACCCAAGUCCACAUACGUGCAUGCUAUUCUUCUGUGGACCACUGGCCAAGAACUACAAGCAAUGCAAGUCAUACUACGCCAUCAGAUGUGGUUUCAAGCCUUGGAUUUCUUUUCUUCCCUUACCGAGAACACAGACUUCUUUUCAGCUCUUUUUACCAUGAUGAUUAAAACAUUUGUGCGUUGUAAGGCACCCAAAGAGGUUUUAUUCAAAGCUCUGUCUUUACUUCCUGCAGGGUUCAGUACCUAUGAGCUUCUCUCAUUAUUACAGCAGAGUGGACCUGGGCUUGGGCAACCGUUUGUAGAUGAUAACCAGUUUUUGACGAUUGGUGACAUCCGAGAGCAGUUAAAGAGCAUGUUUACAUAUUAAUCUCGAACUUAAAGAAAGAAAGAUGACAGACUAUAGAGUUACUUGAACAAAUCAAUGUGUGUUGUGUGUUGUUGUUUGUGCUUGUUUGUUGUUGUUGUUUUUGUUCUUCUUCCUCAAAGAUUGAAUAUCAACAMGAAAGCAGUAUGGAAAGGCAUCAGACAAGACGUCAAGACGUAAGGUUUUAACAAAGAUGUGCGCCUGAUUACAGUAAAUUGUCAAAUGGAAUAAAAUUACCGAUAGACUGAUAUUGGUGAUACAUAAAUCUAUGGAAAGGAUAUAUAAAGAGCCGAUUGCAUGAUGUACUUUUCUUUCUUCAGUGUUUCUGAAAAUGAAAUUAAUAAAUACCUUUUUCGCUAAAUAUCAAAUGGUCCAUUUCCAAAUAACGAAACUCUUUGAAAUUGGCWUAAAAUAACAACAUGUCAGGUUGUUCAUCGUUGWACAAAAUUCACGCACACGAUUAGUCAAAUGGACCACGUGAUUUUGCUUGAUUUGACGACAUAAAGCUUCAAUGCAUUAUUGAUAAAUGCACGCUUUUAGCCCGCUUCGCUCCAUGUAGAAUUUGAAAUUUCUCGUUCACUACAGUCAGCGCGUGCGUUUAUUUGUAAAUAAAACGCUCAUAACAGUAUGUAAUAACCCAUAAUUCUCUAUAUAUUUCUCUAUAUAUAACAGAUGUUGUAAAUAAUAGCUAUUAUUUUUGUACAAACAGUAAUAUUUUUUGAAUGAAUAAAUUUWAA